AUGCUUACACACUACCGACAUACCGGCGCGGUCGACAUGCAAAAGCGCACACGACAAGAGCGUCGGUUUGAUGAGACAGAACACGACCUGCCCAACUUCUCGCCCUUCACAUCUGCGCAAAUCCCGACCGAUCGAGUCCUUCAGCUUUUUUCGUACUUGGGCAAGAAGAACCCUUUCCCUCGCUCUAUUACGAACGAAGACACCCUUUGGUUGCUCGAUAAUACUGCUUACCGUAAUGAAAGUACGGGAAAAUGGGAAGCAGAAUUUGUCUCAGCUGCCUUCUCUCAACAUUCGUCUUGCGCCGUUAUCGACGCCGUAAGUGCUAUCGCUGGGAAGCUCGAUUUGGAUGGUAAGGACCCGAAUUAUCCUACCAUCGAGGAGCGUAUUCGACCGUUCGUACAGGAUAUCAAGCCCGGUGCUCAGGCCAAGGCACUACAUGGAGGGAAGACACCGCUCAAGCUUGGUCCUGGUGGUAGAAACGGUAUUAGUAGCGACAUUAAGAGGCUUCCUGACAAUAAAGGUGGUAGCCUUAUUCCCACAUUUGCCGAGGUUCCCAAAGGCGCCAAUGGCAUACUAGAAAUGAAGACAUUCUACGCUGAUCCCGAGGGUUGGGGUGUAAUAUCCGAUAUAGACGACACGAUCAAGAUCACUCAGACAAGUGAUCCCAUUGGCAUUCUGCGGACGACUUUCCUUGAUACGCCUGAAGUAUGUCCCGGGAUGCCGGAACUAUAUCAGUUCAUACAAUCCCUUGUCCAAAAAUCCUCACCAUGGUUUUAUCUUUCCGCAUCGCCGUAUAACCUGUAUGGCUUCCUUCGCGAAUUCUGCGGAAAGAAUUAUCCGCAUGGCACUAUCAUUCUUCGUGAUGCUAGCUGGAUGAGUUUACCGGGGCUACUAACGACUCUAACUCUUGGUACAGAAGAUUAUAAGGUUGAUCGAAUGGAAAAGAUACACUCGUGGCUUCCGAAGAGGAAGAUGAUUUGCAUCGGUGAUUCGACCCAGUCUGAUCCUGAGGCUUAUGGUGAGAUCUAUCGGGCAUACCCCAGUUGGAUCAAGGUGAUACUCAUUCGUAAAGUUGAAGAUAUUGCGGCCAUCGGCAUAGAGGCCAAGAAUGAACCAGAAAGAUUCGAGAAGGCCUUCAAGGAUGUGCCUCGUAACGUCUGGCAUGUGUUCUCAGAUCCAGUUGAGUGCCGCAAAAUCAUUCAAGAUGCAGUGUUGAAGCCUUCCCCACGACACUUCCGUACUUGCUACUCUACUUACCCCUACAGCCCCAAUAUGUCUGCUCCUAAGCGGCAAAAGUCGUCAAAAGACGUGCCCUACGAGCUUAUAUAUUGGCCCGGCAUACCCGGUCGUGGAGAGCAUGUACGCCUAGCGCUUGAGGAAGGCGGGGCUACGUACACGGAUACAGCGCAGGUUGAGAAGGGAAUGGACAAAGUGACGGCGCAGAUCGACGAGGGUAAUGUAGGCGAUGAUCUCAACCCGCCACCUUUUGCGCCUCCCAUCCUCCGCCAUGGUGAUCUUCUCAUUUCUCAGACUUCCAACAUCUUGUUGUAUCUUGGGCCGCGGCUUGGACUAGUGCCAAGCGAAGACGAUGAGGAGCACCCAGAUGCGUUGUACAAGAUCAACGCGCUUGCUCUAACAGCCCUUGAUGGUCUGAGUAAUGAGGUUCACGAUUGUCACCAUCCUAUCGCUUCUGGGUUGUACUAUGAGGACCAGAAAGAGGAAGCGAAGCGAAAAAGCAAGGAUUUUGUGAAGACCCGUCUCCCCAAGUUUCUAAGCUAUUUUGAACGUGUGCUGCAGGGUAAGGCCAGCGGAGAAGGCCCGUGGUUGUACGGCGGCCAAUUGACCUAUGCCGACUUAGUGCUAUUCCAGUGUAUUGACGGCACCAAAUUUGCCUUCAGGAAGGCUAUGACAGCAGCCGAGAAGUCGGGCAAGUAUGCGCACGUAUUCAAACUGUAUGACGCUGUAAAGGAACGGCCCAGGAUUAGUGAAUACUUAGCUAGUAAAAGGAGACAAGACUAUUCGAUGGGCAUCUACCGAUACUAUGACGAAUUGGACUUUGGUCCUGAAGGUCGAGAUUGA